AUGCUUAAUGCCAGUCCUGCUCCAACUCCCCUCUCCGCCACCGCCAAGCUGCUGCUCGAUGAUGGCACGCCUCCUGCCAACACCAUACUCUACAAGCAGGCACUGGGUUCUUUGCAAUAUUUACUCUGCACUCGACCCAACAUUGCCUUUGCCGUCAACAAGCUCUCCCAAUCACGGUCUUCGCCUCACUUCCACCUCUGCAUGCUCCUACUGAGCUUCAUUGGCAACAUGUGA